GCCAACAAACAGCAGCGCACACCUCCACGCUUCUCCCGUGGCCUUACUAUGGUUCACACGUGUGUGGUGGCCGGCUGCAGGAACAGAAGGACACCGGGAACCACCCUAUCUUUCUACCGCUUCCCCCGGGACCCCGAGAGGAAGCAGCGCUGGAUCGCUGCUGUGAACCGAGAGGGCUGGGUGCCUAACGACGGCAGUCGGCUGUGUAGUACUCACUUCAUCUCAGGUAAACAGGUGAAGAAUCCACGUUCUCCAGAUUAUGUUCCCUCUGUGUUCACGUCAGCUCCGUUGUCCCCGGAGAUGAAGGAGCCAGGUGCGUUAGAGAUCCUGGACAAGCAGGAAGCACGCGUGGAGGCGGCUAACGCCUUGUUGUUCCUGCAGGGUCAGGGCAGGUCCGUGGCGGGUGAGCGGGUCCAGGAGGAGCAUCCUGAGGAGAGGGAGCCGGAGGCCGCCGUGGAGGAGAGCGCGUCCUCCUCCCUCAGCACCGAUGAUGAAGAGGACGACGAUGAUGGAUCUAUGAGUGACAGUAAGAAAGGAAAGUUCGCUCAGGCGCCGGAUGUUAACUUUGACGACGUCCUGAAAGCGCUAAAGAAGGAGAACCAGAUCCUCAGGGAGUCUGUGGACAAAAUGUCGCUCUCUGAGAACUCCUUGAGGAACGAUGCAGAGAAAGUGAAGUUCUACACUGGUUUACCAAACUACUUUGUCCUGGAGACGGUCAUGUGGCUGCUGGCGCCGCACAUGGACGGCAUGAAAACCGUGAAGCUCUCCAAGUUCCAGCAGCUGCUGCUGACACUGAUGCGACUCCGUCUGGACCUCCGCAACCAGGAUCUGGCGUACCGCUUUGGCGUUAAAGUCGGCACGGUAACCAGAACGGUGCACCAGAUGGUCAACAUCAUGUCCUCCACUCUGGUGCCGACAGCCGUCUUCUGGCCCUCCAGAGCCGAGCUGCGGAAAAACCUGCCGGCGGCUCUGCGCGCCUCCCACCCCGACUGCGCUGUCAUCAUAGACUGUUUCAUGGUGCCCUUUGAGGAGCCGGUCUCCAGGGGCAACCAGCAGCAGCAGAAGGUGGCGGCGAGCUGUCUAGUGACGGGGACGAGUCAUAAUGUGUUAAAGUAUCUGAUCGGUGUGGCUCCACAAGGCGUCGUCACCUUCGUGUCCAGGGGCGUGCUGGGAAACGUCAGUGACAAAAGCCUGGCCGAGGGCUGCGGGUUUCUGUGCAAGCUUCUCCCGGGCGAUGUCGUGUUGGCGAGUCGCGACCUCGACAUCGCCGAUUCUGUGGCCGCCCGAGGAGCCCUGUUUAAAAUCGCCGGCAGCUACCAAGCCGAGGCGCACGGGAGCUCAGAGGGCUCGCCGCUGGCCGAUGACACAGUGAGCGUGCAGAGACAUGUGGAGAGGGUGAUCUCCAUGGUGAAGCAGAGGUACGCCAUGCUCACAGGCCCGGUGGAGAGCCCCUUCACCACGGUCUCUGAGCGCACGUCCAACCUCUCGACAUUUGAUAAGAUUGUGCAAGUCGCCUGUGCCUUAAACAAUCUGUGCAUCUCUGCUGCUCCACUAGAGUGA